GCGUCCCAGCAUGCCGUGGUGGGUUGGGGGUAGCGCUAUCCAUGUGCAGCUAGAAAAGAAGAGGGGUGUGUGUAGCGCUGGGCGGUACUUGACGAAUUACAGGUGCAUUAAGGAAUAUCCUCACAGUCUCUUAUUCUACAGCAGAGUCUCUUUCGAUUGACUGGAAUUCUUACUUGUCUUCACCUUAUCCUGACUUCUGAGAUUGCACCAGUGAAAUGACAGCCAAGUUUAAUAUUGAUGCCCCUCGAUGGGACCAGAACACCUUUUUAGGGCGUGUGAAGCAUUUUUUCAAUAUCACAGACCCCCGGACGCUGCUCGUGUCGGAACAUGAACUAGAUUCAGCAAAGGCCUUGGUGGAGAGCUGCAGGGCAGGCACAGUGCCUCCAGGAACCAACGAGGAACAGCUUUACUAUGCUAAGAAGCUUUAUGACUCAGCUUUUCAUCCUGACUCAGGGGAGAAGAUGAAUUUGAUAGGGAGGAUGUCAUUUCAAGUCCCUGGGGGAAUGGCUAUCACAGGUUUCAUGCUACAGUUUUACAGGACAGUUCCAGCUGUUGUUUUCUGGCAAUGGGUGAACCAGUCUUUCAAUGCCAUUGUGAACUACACUAACCGGAAUGCCGCCAGCCCUAUCACACUCAAGCAAAUUGGGGUUGCUUAUUUCACCGCUACCAGCACUGCUUUGGCAACAGCUGUGGGACUCAACCUUUACACCAAGAGAGCCCCAUCCCUUGUGGCACGCUGGGUUCCCUUUGCCGCAGUAGCUGCUGCCAACUGUGUGAACAUCCCCCUGAUGAGGCAGCAGGAACUCAUUAAUGGGAUCACAGUGACAGAUGAGAAUGACAACACACUGGGCAAGUCCAGGAAAGCAGCAAUCAAGGGGAUAACCCAAGUGGUGAUUUCCCGCAUCACCAUGGCUGCUCCUGGCAUGAUUUUGCUGCCUAUCAUCAUGGAAAGACUUGAAAAAUACCCCUUCAUGAAGAAAAUCCAGGUUCUCCACGCUCCUUUGCAAACAGUACUUGUUGGAGGGUUUCUUCUGUUCAUGGUUCCAGUUGCCUGUGCACUAUUCCCACAAAGGAGUUCAAUUGCCCUUUCACAACUGGAGCCUGAUCUCAGAGAGCUGAUUGUGGCCAAACAUGGGGAUAAAGUGCCUUACGCCUAUUUUAACAAGGGAUUAUGAGGAAGGACUCAAGGUGGUGCAUCAUCUCGCCUUGGAAUCUUUCCACUGGAGAAGCCACUGCUAGACUAUGCUCAGGAAAUGAACUCAAAGAUACUGCAGAAAGAGCAGCUCUCUGCCUUCAUUCCUCUUUUUCCAACAUUUUAGUAUGGGGGGCAAUCAGAUAGAUGGGAGAUUUGGACCCUGUGGAUAAUGUUUCUUGCAUGUUUACCUAUGGACCUGCUCCUGUGAUGGGAAAUGAGAUAUAAGGUUGCAGCCAGCUUCCUGUUUGCUGCCAGGUGCCACUCAGAAAUGGAAAUCUCCUUACUCUAAGGUAGUGAUUCAAACCCAAUGUCCUUCCUGAUCUUGUGGGGCUGUGUUCAACUCUGCCCCAAAGGCUCUAGUCCAGUGUCUCUGCCUGAUCCAAGAAAGAACUUUGCCAGUUGCUCUCCAUUUUGUCCCUAAAGAAACUUUUCUGUGCAUAUAGGUACAAGAGCUUAAGUUUAUGAUUGAUACAUGAUGCACCAGGCAAAUUGCAAAGGAACAGAGGAUAACUCUGCAUCCAUACCUGCCAUUGGCUGAAAAUCCAAACAAUGAUAACAUGAAGUGUAAUUCUAGCCAUAUUAACCUGGGAGCAAGGACUACUGAUCUCUUUGUACCCUAUAUUACACACCGUGAGACUAGUCUACUUGUGUUUAAUCAGAAUGCAUUUCCAAAGAUGUAGUAAAAACCAAAACCAAUACCUUUAUGGUAUUCAAUAUUGCCAUAUUUUAAAGUGGAGCUGUUGAUUGAAAUGCUAUUUUCUUAAGUCUGUAAAAUCCAAUCUAGGCAUUUGCUGCUUGGCUUGCUGACAAGGCCAUUAAUUAAGAGCUUGUUCAUAAUUUUUCUAUACAUGAUCAGGGAGAUAAUUGGUUCUAAAGACAUGCAAUCAAACUGUCCUUCCCUGCCUUCCUGAAGGUCUGUAAGGAUGCAGUUAUUUGAGUAACCUGAUUCAAAGCUGUUUUGGUAUUUAUAAAUAGCUGUACCUUAAAUUGGUUCUGGAAACAUACUACCAGCCAAUCUAACUCAUGCAAAAUUAGGGAUAUAUAUGCUAAUUCCCCAGCUCCCACUAAUAACCAGGCAGAUAAAUUUAUUACCCAUUGAAGUUUCUGGAUCAUCUUCAAUGACAAUAUGGAUAUUGAUAAUACAUAAAUAUCUGAGAUCUUGAAAGAUCCCCCUGGAUAACUUUGUAGUUAUUACAUGUUGUCUGACUUACAUCAACUCUCCUUGACAGCCCUGUACAGCUCCUGUAAUCCUAAUGCUAUUGUUUUCUUUAUGGAAUCAAUGUAUCUCAGAGUUGGCUUUCAGUCUUCAACUUUGCCUAGCAUUAUUGUCUUGCCUCUGCAUGAUGUGCCCAAAGUACAACAACAUCACUUCAGUCAUUUUUGCUUCCAAGGACAGUUCUGGCUUGAUAUGAUCUAGGACUUACUCGUUUUUCUAUUGGACCAGGGUUCCUCCUGGACCAAUAACUGUCCUCCAGCAUCAUGCUUCAAAUGCAUCAGUUGUCCUCCAGUUAGCGUUCUUCACUAUCUAGCUUUGACACUUGUACAUAGUUAUCAGGAAUAUAUGAUCUUGGCUUUCAUCUCCAGUGAAAUGUCCUUACACAUGAUUAUCUUUUCUAGUUCCUUCAUUGCUGCCCUUACAAGUCUCAGUCUUCUUCAAAUUUCUUGGCUACAGUCUCACUUUGAACUGAUAAUUGAGCCAAGGUAUGCAAAAACGUUCACAAUUUCAGUUCCUUACUUGUUGCCAUUUAAGUUACGUUAUUUUACUUUAGACAUUUAGUUUUGUUUUCUUAAUGUUCAGCUGCAGUCCUGCUUUUACGCUUUCUUCUUUUACUUUCAUCAAGCACUGUUUCAAUUCAUUGCUGCUUUCUGCUAGUAAUAUGGUAUCAUGUGCAUAUCUUAAAUUAUUGAUGCUAUACAAAUGAUAGCCAUUUUUACUCUUUCCUCUGAUAGUAAUCCAGAUUUCCUCAUGAUAUGUUCUGCAUUGAAUAGGUUGAAUAGAUAUGGACAUAAAAUAUACCCUUGUGCAAAUGCCUUUGCCUACAAGAAACCAUUCUGUUUCACCAUAUUCUGUUCUAACCAUAUUUUGCUGUAGUUGGGGAAGCAUAGUCUGAUCUUCUGUAAUUCUUUGGUAUGCACAUUGAGCAUCAUUUUGCUUGCAUAGGAAAUUAGUGGAAUGGUACUAUAGGUGCUGCAGCCUUUUCAGUCUCUCUUCUUCAGUACUGUAAAAUUUAGUGAACAUUUUCGGUUUGUGGGCCAUUGGGGUUUUUUUCCAUAUUUGUUGGCAUAUUCUUUUAGGAUUUGGAUCUAUUCAUCCUCUGCAGCUUGGCAUAGUUCUGUUGGCACCCUAUCUACUCUGGGUGCUUUAUUGCUAUCAGGUACUUUCAGAGCAGCUUUCACUGUACUUUCUAAUACUGCGGGCUCUUCAUAGGAUUCUACUUUGAAGAACUCUGUCAUUCUUUCAUGUCUUCUGUAUAGUUCUCUAGUGUAUUCUUUCCAUCUUCUCUUUAUUUUCUGCUGGUCAGAUAGUAUGUUCCUUUAUUUGUCUUUUAGCAUUCCUAAUUUAGGUUUAAAUUUCCCUUUAAUUUCUUGAAUCUUCUGAAAGAAGUCUCUUCUUUUGAUGCUCUCUUCUGUUUCUUUGCAUUGAUCAUUGUAGUGUCUCUUUUUUCUUUUUUGGUCUUUACAUAAUGAUUGCUGAAAAGCUGCUUUCAGGAUUCAGAUCUUUUUUCUAUCACCUUUUGUUUUUGCUUCUUUCCUGGCUUAGCUAAUAUAAGAGCUGCUUCUGUCAUUUAUCUAAGCUUUUUCUUUAUAUUACAGGAAUUGUCUUUUGGCAUUCUAUCCCAAUAAUUGAUUGGUCUCAGUCUACAGUUCUUCUGGGAGUAUCAUCUUCUAGCACUAUCUCUUGUUUCCUUUUGACUUCUGCAUGAUUAAAUUAAAUGAUCAUAAAGGAAGAUGAGCCAAAUUUAUGGAUAACAAAUCCAUGUCAAGCUAAGACUUUCCUUUACUGUCAGGCAUUUGACAGCAUAUAAUGGAUUUCCUAGGGUUGUUGGACAUUAGACCCUGGUAGUUUUAUUACUGUUUUUAACCUGCUUUCAAAGUGUUUUAAAUUCUUGAAUGUGGAAGAUUUUCUUUUAUAUUCACCAUGCUGUGAACUUUCCCGAAAAAUCAGUUGUUGUCUGAUGUGGAAAUGAAAUGCCCCAUUUGUAGACUUCUCAGAAGCAUUGUAUUGGCCGUUGUGGAAAGCAGAUGGUGGACUAGAUGAACCUUUGGUCCAACCCAGUUUGGCUCUCAAUAUGUUCUUAGACAUAAAGCACUCAUAACAAGAAUGGACAUUUGAUUGCCCUUAGUAUGGGCACUUCCUCUAUCCUCCCAGCUCCUUUUGUGUAUUAUGCAGUGUUAGGAUUUCCAACUUGGUGGUAAAUUUUCCUUCCCAUGGCCAUCUCCAUUAACCUUGUUUUUGCUCUAGAGCUCCCUUAGUUCAUAAGGAGCUAGGGGGAAGAGGACAAAUAGAUUUCAAAUGGGGAAGUUACUUCAGGUUUCAGACUGAAUAACUCAGAAUUUUACAUAAGCCUGCAGCUCUGCAGUGGUAAUUUAAUUUUAGAAAGACCAGUUUCCUCUGGUGGUUAUUGAGCAAUACCAAAGUUCUUAGCGUCAUUCUCUGCUUUCAUAGCACAGACAUUUUUCCUUUAAUCUAUGCCUGCAAAAUGUCCUGGCACAAACAAGGAAUUGCCUAAUGGAAGUCAAAUCAUUCAAGAGAACAGAAAUGGAUUUUGCUUUCCAAGAUCCAGGCUGGGACAUGCAUUUUCUAUGCAUCCACAUAUUACAACAGGAGGAGGAGGUGGUGGACCGAUUUUUCUUUUCCUGGCUGGGGCAUGCUGAAUGCUGUUGGCCUUUUUCUGUCUAAACAGGCAUAGGAUUAAACCUUAAGUGACUUGAGACAAGCUACAACUUUCUCAUUUUUGCACCAUCCCCUCCCAUCUCCAACAGGGAGAUGGUAAUGCUGCCUUACUUUACAAAAUUGUUGUAAUGAUUGUUAAGAAAAUUGGAGUCAAAAGCUUUGAACACUUGAAGCUCUCAAUAGUGCCAUUAUUCAAUCCAAUUCUUACAUGCAGGGGAGGGAGAUGAGAGAUGCUGCACAGCAACUGAUUCAGCCAGUCUCUCUCCAAAGGUAAUCAUUUGAUACAUACAGGCUUGAUCAUGAGAGUCUGUCCUCUGUUGAUAGUUUAGGCAGAAAAUUAUUUUAAGUUUUUGAUUUGCCUUGCAUCAAUCAGGUUGUGCUUGAAUACAGUAACCUAUUGAGUGUUUAAUUCUGUGUCUGUUCGUUUGGUUUUUUUAAUUUAUGUUUUAAAUUGCCAGAUGAUUUUCUAGGUAAUUUUCAGACUUGUGACUGUUACUCUUAAUAUGGUGCUAGCCAGAGUCUGCUAUAUUGGAUCACAAAUACUGGAUUUUUUUUUCUUUUUGGAUCUAGGACAUUUCCAGUGCUCAGUAAUGCUAAUGAGGAAAUAAAAACUAAUUCUUUUAAGCCUCUUUUACUUGUGUGUGGGGGGUGGAUUGGAAGCCAAAGAGAAAAUAAAGCACCGUGAUUUUAAAA